AUGACAAAAAGCAUCUAUGAUGACAGUGGAGAAAACGAGAGAGUUUCAUCCAUGGAGAAACAAAAAGAGGAUCAUAAUAUUCCCUACAUUCUGCAACUUCCAAGCCACAUAUUAGGGGAGAUCUUCAGCAAAAUUCAAAUUAAAACCCUUGUCCAAUGCAGGUUCGUGUGCAAGUUUUGGCAUCGUUUGCUAUCAGACCCCGAAUUCACUGAACAACUGUUUUCGGGAACGACUUGUCUUCUUUUACGAGCAUGCGGUUCCGACCAUUUGGCCACCCUAAAAAAUGACUCCUUGGGCCCAAACGACGUUGCACUGAAGCUUCUGAAAGAUACAAUUGUACUUCCUAAAGAGAAAUUAGACUCUUGGAAUCCGCCGUAUAGCCGUUUAUACAUAUCCAAUCUCGUCACGGGUGAGUCUUUGGCUCUUCCAACACCGCUAGAUGAGUGCAUAAUUAGUUUUCCAUGUGGGUUUGGGUUUAGUCCCAUGAGUGGUGCCUAUAAGCUUGUUCGGUUCAGGCCUAAAAGUCAAUGGGAUGAUGAACCGUACCGGGAGGUAUUGGUUUUGACCGUUGGCUCUGGGGCUUGGAGAAGCCUUGGGAAUUUUAGCUACAAGUUGGACUACAUGCUAUAUGGGGUUUGUGUUAGUGGGUUUCUUCAUUGGAUUGAUUGGUCAAGGGCUUUGAUAUGUGCCUUAGAUCUUGAAAGAGAGGUUUUCCAAGAGUUGCCCAUACCCCCUAGUUGGGAUUUGGAAGGACGGAAUAAUAUAUCAAGACUGGACUUUAGCGUCUUGCAGGGUUGCCUCUCAGUAACUGUAACUGUAGAUUCCCAGAGAAAAAUGAGUAUUUGGGUGAUGAAGGAGCAUGGGGUUAAGGAGUCUUGGAGCCUAGAGCUUACAAUUGGAGGCGUCGUAGUUCAACGUCCUUGCCAGCAGUUUUUUCGGAAUGGGCGAAUCUCGUUGAAGUUUGGGGAUGGGCCAGUCUUGUUGAAGUUUGGGGAUGGGCAAGUCUUGUUGUUUAAUGGUGGGAAAUUGCUGGCUUAUGCUUCUGGGAAGGGUCUUGUGGACGUUGAGUUUGAUGGGAUAUACUUUAUUUCUGCACAUGUCCAUAUUCCAAGAUUUGUUUCGCCUAAACAUAUUAUCAGGGGAUAG